AUGCCAGCGACUAGGAGACUGAAGCAAACCGCGCGCAAGAGCACUGGUGGCAAAGCACCGCGUUUGCAACUGGCAAUGAUGUGUGCCUCGGGGCCUGCGUAUGCCGAUCAGAUCUUCGCGAGAGCACCGCGGGAACGAGACAGGGUCAUCAAGUUGAAAUCGAACGAUGAUAAAGAGUAUCUCGAUCGGAUGCGCGAUCUGCGUGCUGCUACCGAGCUUGUUAUGAGCGUUCUCGCUUUGAGGAGCGCCGGAGACCGGGCAGUCUCCUGA